AUGGUCAGGUACGUCGCGACCGGCUCAUAUUCUUUCGCAAUUACCCGGGACGGCAGGGUCUGGGCAUGGGGGCUUAAUCAAUAUGGGCAAUGCGGGAUAUAUGAUACGAGUACCAGCCUCCGCGCGCCGGGGAGGGCAAACCCUUUAAAUACCAGCCUGUCUCAGAUUUUUCCUAUAAUACCAUCAAGGUUUUUAGCCUUUCUGCCGCCCCCAAGACAGUAAAGAAUGUGCAGAAAUGGGUGGGAGUGGCAACCAUCAGCUACUUUGUUGCUUAAAAAUUUGUCAGUAAAAAUCCCGCCAAGAUGUGUUGAGACAAUUCUUUUUACCUAGUCUGGCACAAAAAGAAACCUUUUUUUUUUAUCUAAACUACAUUUUUCUGUACCUGUUGUGUCUCUAGAAAUUUCGAUAAAAAUUAAACGAAUAGUUACCCCUAGAUCAGGUUAAUCUUGAAAGAAACAUCUAGAAAUCCCUCUGACUCCCCCAAGGUUGCAUUUUCCCACUUAGAAGUUGAAGUAUUAUUUGCUUGGCCGUGAGUGAAACCAAACUUUUGGCUGGCAUGAAAAAAAACAUUGCUGGUAUUCUAAAGGGAGGGUCCGGGAUUCGCUGGUAUUUUGUAGGUUUUCUCGUCUCGACAGUGGACAACUCGGUAUUGACUUUGCGGUGCUCCCAGCGGAGGAUACGAGUACUGUACCAUCCGUGACACAAUGGCCAGCCCCCGCUACAAGUACCUCCUGACCCCACAUGUUGUCCCCGGCAUCAGGUUCUCCUUUAUUGGCCGCGGCACGAACCACAAUAUUGCCGUCUCAAAGGAGGGGGGGACAAGCACAAGUUACUCUUGGGGCUUCGGUGGCAGUUAUCAAACCGGCCUCGGCCCCGAUGCCGAUGACGAGAUCAUGACCCCUACAAAAAUUGAAAACACGGCCACCAGAGGCGUCCGGAUGGCCUUCGCCACUGCCGGUGAGCAGUUCUCCAUCCUCGCCGGCAUU